AUGGAUUAUGAAAACUUGCUUCAAAAAUAUCCCACUUCUUCUUAUGCAAAAACGCAAAGGUCCUCUAGUGUCAAUCAAAACUCUCAAAAGCAGGAAAGCACUCAGCAAAUCAAACCUUAAGCAUUAUUAAAAAAAUUGGAAGAAAUCCUCCAAUAGAGACAAUAAUAACUCAACCAAGAGAAAUCUAAAAAGAAAAAGAAUACACAACAUAAGGGUGAGUACACCGAAAGGAUAUCCGAUAAAAAGAAUGUUUAAAAAUUAUUAGAUAAUUAAAAAUGGAAGGCCGAUUUACAAAAUUUUGUUACUGAGAAAAAGGAAAGAAAAAGCGCUUAUCCUAACUUGAUGUCAUUAUAGCCAUCCACUUAAAAUUUAUUUGAUAUUUUCUCGCAAGACAGUAAUAGCAGAAAUCCCACAACGACAGCUAGAAGUAAAAAGGGUGAAGGUUCUCCAAAAAAAGGAAGAGCUAAUUCUAUUAUGGAAGGAUACAAUCUCAAUGAAAGAGAUAAAGGAACCUUGAUUAAAUUGAAUCAGCAAUUAUAAAUUUAGAAUAACCAUCUAAAUGAAUAGCUUAAGUUUGAACAAAGCUAAAACACUAAGCUAAGUUUAUAGAUGAUCAGUAUGAAUGAUUAAAUCACAUUAUUAACGAAGUAUUAUUUAUAUUUGUUUAGGAAACAAGUAGAGUAUCGAGAUAAGGAGAAUGAGGAGAUCACGAGAUCGUUAAAGAGUCAAUUAGACAUGAUUAGACCUGAAUAUUAUAAGCAAUCAGAAUAAAUUGCCAAUUUGGAGAAGUAAUUAACUGGAUAUCAAAAUAUUGAGAAGGACAUGAGGGAGUUGGAACAGAUGCUACCACAAAUUUCCACUUUCACAACCUUGUUUGUUGAACAGAAUGCUCAGAUAUUAGAGUUGCAAGACUUGAUAACUCUACAAAAUAACAUUAUUGACAAAGUGCUAAAUAGGAAGGAUUUCCCGUUAAAUAAUUUAAUUUUGGGGAGAGAACCAAAAAAGACGAAACAAUAUACUAAUGAUUUACCUUUUGAAUCAUCUUAAUAUCUUGACAAUCUAAUUAAGUAGACGAGAUAGUAAGUAAAUGGUUUAACGGAGAGAUUUAUUCAUGAAUUAUUAGUAUGA